AUGGCCCAGGACAACGCCGCCUUCUGCGGGGUCGCCGAGGGGGUCCCCGAGGGGGUCUCUGAGGAGGCAAAGCCCCCCCUGGUGCCCCCCCGGCGGCGGGGGGCCGGGGCCCGCAAGCGGCAGCGCUACGUGGAGAAGGACGGGAAGUGCAACGUGCAGCACGGGAACGUGCGGGAGACCUACCGGUACCUGACCGACAUCUUCACCACUCUGGUGGACCUGGAGUGGCGCUUCAGCCUCCUGGUCUUAUGGUGUUUCAUCGCCUACUGCCGGGGGGACCUGGACCACCUGGAGGACCACGCCUGGACCCCCUGCGUCAACAACCUCAACGGCUUCGUCUCUGCCUUCCUCUUCUCCAUUGAGACCGAAACCACCAUCGUCCCCUCCCAGUCCCCCCAGUUUGGGGGGGGGACUUGGCACCAUUAA